AUGGCGAAUCGCACAGUGAAAGACGCGCACAGCGUCAAAGGCACAAAUCCACAGUAUUUGGUGGAGAAAAUCAUCAGAUCUCGGAUCUACGAAUCAAAGUACUGGAAAGAGGAGUGUUUUGCGCUUACAGCCGAGUUAUUGGUGGACAAAGCCAUGGAGCUUCGUUACAUCGGUGGAACGUACGGAGGUAACAUCAAGCCGAGCCCCUUCCUUUGCCUCAUAUUGAAGAUGCUUCAGAUUCAACCGGAGAAGGAUAUCAUCAUUGAGUUCAUUAAGAAUGAGGAUUUUAAGUACGUCCGAGCCUUAGGAGCUACAUACAUGAGGCUGACGGGUGAAUCGCUGGACAUCUUCAAGUACAUAGAGCCGCUCUACAACGACUACAGGAAGAUCAGAAAACAAGAUAAAGAAGGAGAUUUUUAUCUGUCUCAUGUCGACGAGUACAUGGAUGAGUUACUUCAUGAGGAGAGAGUUUGCGACAUCAUUCUUCCUCGACUGCAGAAACGUCAAGUUCUUGAGGAUACCGAGCAGCUGGAACCAAGGGUCAGUGCUCUCGAUGAUGAUCUUGAUGAGGCAGAAUCCUCCAGUGAUGAGGAGAUGGAGGCACAGGAAGUACGCCGAUCUCCAGAGAGAAGCCGAAGUGGGAGACAUCGAAGCCCUUCACCAAAACGGCGAAGAAGUCGUAGUCGAUCUCCACCCAGAAGACGAAGUCGCUCACCUCGUAAGAGAAGUCCAUCACCGCGUAGAGAGCGCAGACGGAGCCCGCGUAGAAAUCGCAGCAGGUCUCGAGAGAGACGCCAUCGGUCACGAUCACCCGCUCACAGACAUCGUGAUGACGACCGGAGCAGAACUCAUCGGCAUCGAUCGAAAUCACCGGAGGAUCAUAGGAAGGAAAAGUCCCACAAGUCCAGCAGCCGCCACAGCCGCUCAGAACGAGGCUCCGAACGCGACAAAGACGAGGGCAAACGCAGCGGAGGACCCAAGACAGAAGCUGGGGAGAUCGCCGCGAUGAAUGAACUAAGAGCUAGUCUAGGAAUGGGACCACUCAAGUAGGAGGUGGAAAGUCUUGGAAUAAUAGGGAGGGCUAAAUUACAUUUCUAAGGAAAAAUAUGUGGGAACUUUUCUGAAGUGGUGUACAUACUUGGUGUAAUGGCAAAUCUUACUAGGUUUUAGACUGGGCCCCUGUCUUUAUCCGCAAGGAUAAAGACAGGUCCCUGCCGCUAGAUCCAGUGAUUCCAUUGGAUACA